CUUUCGAAGGAACAAAACAAAACAGCCACCCCACCACCACCACUACCACUACUACCACCCUUCUCUCCCAAAGUGGGACCCACCCGUAAGGGAAUAUUCUCGGGUCAACUUCAUCAGCCCCGUCGUCUGCGGUGAUUACGAAGCGUGUCCUUCUAAUCGGGUGGACCCUACAUGUCCUCCUCCUCCCACAUGGCAAUGAAAUGACUUUGUGCUCCCACCUCCUUUCCAAAAACCACCCCCCGCCACGUGACUCCUCGAAUAUUCUUCUCCCUCUGCUCGCCGGCGAAUAUUCCACGCUGGCAUCCACCUGGCAUCUAAAUUGAUUCCUCUACAUCCUCACCCUCUUCAAUUCCCUAUCAAAUCCGUCGGAUUGUUCCUUAAGUGUGAGAGUAUUUCAAUCCAACGGUUGUCAAAUGAAGUAGAGGAACUCAGGAGGAGAAGACUAUAAAUCAUUGGUAAUAUUAUCAAAUAGCGUCCCAUCAUGGUGUCUUCAGAUUCGUCGCCGAGCUUCCCUCUACAUGUCCUCCUUCGGAUUCUCAUUUUUAUAUAUUUUUUUAAAAAAGUCAAUAAAAUAAAUAAAAAUGGGUUUUUGUUCGACUUUUUGAAUCAAAAUCAAUGAAUUUGUUAAAGAAAUGGUGUUUCUUGAGGAAUGAACAUUAAGAGAGCAGAGAAGAAGAUUCUUUCUUCUUUGGUGGGUUUCUAGGAAAAGCUUCCUGAUUUUCUUUCUUGUUGUUGUUGUUGCUUACUUUUUUUUUUUUUUUUUUUUUUUGGCCUUUUUGAAUUGAUUGUGAAAUUUUCACGGGGAAGAAAGAAUGAGAAGGAUUGGUUCGAAAAAGCAAAAGGUGGGGAAAUAAAGAAAAGAAGAAUCUAAUCCGAAUUUUGGGCUUUUUUUAUUUUAUUUUUUUAACGGAAUUUAAAAGCAUUCAAAAGGAAGGAACACUUAGUGAGUGAGUCAGUGGAAAGAGAGGUUUUUUGUUGAAUUUGGGGAAGAGAAAUGGAGAGGAAUUUCGGAUACGAAAAUGGGGUGGUGAUGACCAGAGACCCAAAACCCAGGCUCAGAUGGACGGCUGAUCUUCACGAUCGAUUUGUCGAUGCUGUCACUAAACUCGGUGGCCCUGACAAAGCAACUCCUAAGUCUGUCUUGAGGCUGAUGGGUUUGAAGGGCUUGACAUUGUACCAUUUGAAGAGCCAUUUACAGAAGUACAGACUGGGACAGCAGGCCAGGAGACAAAACCCUUCAGAACAAACCAGAGACAUUAAUGGUGGUUCAUAUGUACAAUUCAGUAACAAUUCUCCAGGGACUAGCACAAAUUCAUCAAGAUGUGAUCUCGAUCAAGCUGAAAUCCCAAUCGCAGAAGCUUUAAGGUGUCAAAUUGAAGUGCAAAAAAGAUUACAAGAACAACUUGAGGUUCAGAAGAAACUGCAAAUGAGAAUUGAAGCCCAAGGGAAGUAUUUGCAAGCCAUAUUAGAGAAAGCCCAAAAGAGCCUUUCAGUGGACAUGAAUGGCCCUGGUAGCCUUGAAGCUGCAAAAGCCCAAUUGACAGAUUUCAAUUUGGCUCUGUCAAAUUUUAUGGAGAACAUCAAUGAAGUAGAUAGAAAAGAAGGCAUACUUGACAUGAAUGAUGUUUAUAAGAAAGCCAAUGGUUCGACUUUCAAUGUGUAUGAAGAGGGAAAUAGAGAAGAAGCUAAAGAUAGUAAGCUUAAGGGUUCCAUACACUUUGACUUAAAUGCCAAAGGUGGGUAUGAUUUUAUCAGCUCUAAUGGAGUUGAAUUGGAACCCAAGAUGUUUACAUACAGAAGAUGAUAUAUAUAUAUAUAUAUAUAUGUUGUUGGUGAUAAAGCAUGUGCCUUGACAGUUGCACACUUUUGUUUUCAUGUAGUUUAUAUAAAAAUGUAGUUAGAAAUACUAAUUAUUUGAUGCGGCCAUUACCUCUUCUUGAUUCAUAAAUUGACUCAAUCUUUCGAUGAACUUCAUAUGUACAAAAGUAAUUAAUACAUCAUAUUUGGACUGCGUUA